AUUGACCUUUGAACCCACAGCUGGCAACUCGUAUCCGCCUAGGCCUAAAUCGUCGUUUUAGUCAAGAAAACUUUUCAUUCUGUGCUAUCAUGAGUGACACAAACCUCUCAGCAGUACUGCUAGAGAAGGGUAACCUGAAAUUGGAAGAAAGACCUAUCCCCAAGCCUGGAAAAAAUGAGGUUCAGAUUGCGAUGCACUCUGUGGGCAUCUGUGGUUCGGACGUCCACUACUGGGUACACGGUGCCAUCGGAGACUUUGUGGUCAGAGCUCCCAUGAUCCUUGGCCAUGAAGCCAGCGGCACAGUGUCAGAGGUCGGGGAGGGAGUCACUCAUCUGAAAGUCGGUGAUCGUGUAGCGAUCGAGCCAGGUGUGCCCUGCAGGUACUGUGACUACUGUAAGGGAGGCAGGUAUAACCUGUGUCUGGAGAUGAAGUUCUGUGCCACGCCACCCGUCGAUGGUUCCCUGGCUAGGUACUAUGUACAUCCUGCAGACUUCUGCUUCAAGCUCCCUGACCAUGUGAGUUUUGAGGAGGGUGCUCUGCUGGAGCCUCUGUCUGUGGGUGUGCACGCCUGCAGGAGGGCAGGGGUCACUAUUGGCAGCAGGGUGCUCAUCUGUGGGGCAGGACCUAUAGGAUUGGUGUGUUUACUGGUGGCAAAAGCCAUGGGUGCAGCUCAGGUGGCCAUAACAGAUAUUGAUACCAAGAGACUAGAGGUAGCCAAGCAGAUGGGAGCAGACUUUCCUGUGCAUGUGACGACACGUGACGGGCGUGAGGUUGCAGACCAGGUUGUGCGUGCGCUGGGCUGUAACCCUGACGUCACAGUGGAGUGCUCUGGGGCAGAACCCAGUGUGCAGACUGGCAUAUUUGCCACAAAGUCAGGAGGAGUCCUAGUGCUUGUGGGCCUGGGUCCCCCUACCAUCAACAUCCCCAUUGUGAACGCAGCAGUCAGAGAGGUGGACAUCAGGGGCAUAUUCCGCUAUGCCAACUGCUACCCCACUGCCCUGUCCAUGGUGGCGUCAGGCCAGGUGAACAUGAAGCCUAUGGUCACCCACAGGUUCAGCCUGGAGCAGACGCUGGAGGCCUUCGAAGCCUCCAAAAAGGGAGAAGGCAUCAAGGUCAUGAUCAACUGUGACAAGACCAAGGCCUGAGGCUGCUGGACAAAGCAAUAAGACAACAUUUUUGCAAAGCAAAAUGACAACAUUUUUACUAUCUAGCAAGUAGCAUGUCAUUGAAAUUCUCCAGUUUCUGUUAUAACAUAGGAUCACAAGAAAUAAAGUACAUGUACAUGUACAAUGUACUUGACUUUGGUGCAACCAUGGAUUGGACGUAGCUGUAGCAUUUACUGAACUGUAGUAUUUACAGACAUUUGUCAGAAACACAACACAAACCCUUAAAAACACUCAGAGAAACUAUAAGCAUCUUUGAUUGAUAGUCAGUGCAAUUGAUGUUGAUGGUCAAAUGUCAACAUGGAGAGGUUCCUUUAGGUUCCUUGCUCAAUAUUUUGUCCUGAGGAAUUGCACUUCAAAGGACUUUCCUUACCUUGACUAUUUAGCUCAUCUGACUUAUGUUGGGUUGGGACGGGUUGUGAAUUGUAUUCCAAUAUGCCCAAAACAGUGUAUUACCAACCUAUCGCAUCAAUUGGCCAUGGUUCCUUUAACUUUGACAAUGAUUACAGUUGAUCAUCAUGAUGUGGAAACAUGUAGAAUUUAAGAUUUUCAUGUAUGAGAUGAAGUAAGGUUAUUGGUGAUGUUUUACAUCACAUCACCUUUUAUUAAAAUAUUCUGCUGUUAAUGUGAAAAAAGAUUAACUGUAUAUGUAAUCAAUAUAGAAAGCUUAUUUGCA